CUCUCGCUGCGGCCAGGAGAAACGCAGCAGGGGACGAGGGAGCACCCAGCCUAUGUGGGGACAGCGAGAGCAGCACCGGGCAGCUGGUGGGACAGGGGCUCGCAGCCCAGAGCCAGGGGCCACCAUGGAGGGGCUGGACCCUGCCACAGCCUCAGGGCACACGAUGGCACUAAGGAGAGCGGACGCGUGCCGCCUGCGGGGAGCAGCAGGAACGUGUGCUGCAGCCCAGGCCACGCUCUGCAAGGCCAUGGCCGGGCACCGGCAGCUGGUGCUGCAGUUGGGGGGCAGCGCCGACGGCCCCCGGCUGCGGGAGGAGCGGCGCAGGAGGAGCGCGGAGGCCCGCGAGCUCAGCUCUGGGCUGCGGUGCGCUCUGCUGGCAGGGCUGCGGCAGGCACCGGGGAGCCCCGAGGAGCGCCGGGAGCUGGAGCGGCUGUGGGUGCUGUUCCUGUCGGCGCUGGAGCUGUUCCUGCAGGACCUGCGCAGAGCCCACCGCCUCUGCCAGCUCUUCUCCCUGCAGGGGGACGGCGCAGCCCCCCUGCGCACCGGGCUGGGGAACCGGCGAGGGGGGGGCCCUGUGCAGCCCCCGGCUGCCCCGUGCCUGGAGGAGGAGAUCGAGCAGGUGAGGGCCACGCUGGCAGAGAUGGAGAGCAGAGCCAACAUCCCGCUGUGGACGGUGGAGGCCACGCAGUCGGUGGGGACGGGCAGCACCAUGGCCGUGUCCGGUCAGGGAGGACCUCACGCUGGGCCCUGCUGCAGGGUGCUCUGAGCGGGUGCAGGGGAGGAGGCAGGACCAGCACCCCCCCUUGCACCCUCUGGUAUCACAGAGCAGGGGAUGGGACCCUGUGUACUCCCCAGCCAGGGCAAGCAAUGCCCUCACCCUGCUGAGGGAACGGGACCAGCUUCAGGCCCAUCAAGGGUCAAUAAAGCCCCUCUCACCCCCCAA